AUGUGCACGGGCUCCUACUUCACCGAGUGGACGGGCUGCCAGAACUGCCUCUACUUCCACGGCCAGCGCACCCAGAACGAGGAGGCCUUUUACGAGGCCGUCGCCAGCGCCGCCAGCCAGAGCCUCUGCGCGUUCCUCUCGUCCACCGCCGCCGCCACACCCACGACCGACUUUGCCGGCUACUUCAGCGCGGUCGAGGCCACGCUCACACACCCCACCACCGGCGCUACCGUCAG